GCGUAGGAGGAACAUCAGCCAGUGGGCACCCGCGUGCGUGACGUCACUCAAGAACCACCCUCCUAUAACGGAUAUUAUGUAUAUAUAAUGUAGACAAUGCUCGUAAUAGCUGGGAGGGGAGACUUCAAUUGUGGAAACGGUGAUUAAAAAUGAUAAUAUGGAUACAGAAGGCUAACAGAGCACUUAAAAGUAUGACAAACGGAUAGAUGAAAGGGAACUUGGUAACGGAAACAAGAUUUGAAAUUUUGUUUUGAAACUCAAGUGGUGUCCGGAAGAGCUAUGAUUGGCUGGCCGGGGGUGACGUCAGCGGCCCCAGCCAGCCAAUGGGCGGGCAGGUAUAUCCUAUUUUUCGUUCUCUGGAUGCAAGAUGUCACCGCGCAGGCCAACAUAAAAACAGUAACGGAGAGGGGCGUGGAGGAGCCACUCAGGACGCCCACACUGCCAGUGCGGCUGGUGACGGGGGUGGCCGGGGUGCCCGCACAGCUCCCGUGCCUGCUGGAGCAGGGGCACCACGCCGACGCCCCCGUACUGGUGCUAUGGUACAAGGAUGGUGCCCGCUUUCCCUUCUACACGUUGGAUCUGAGGGAAGCGAACGAGGAGCAGGAGUAUGUCGACUCCAGUGUCAAGGGUCGCGUAAGGUCAGAUGUGACGGGCGCCCACUUGACCUUUGACCCCCUGCAAGGUCACGACUCGGGCGGGUACCGGUGUAGGGUGGACUUUGAGGUCUCCCCCACCUUGUUCGUCCUUGUUAACCUUACGGUGUAUGUGGUACCAUCCCGCCUGGUGGUACUCGACCAGGACGACCGACCAGUACCAGCUGGUCGUUUAGGACCUCUCACUGAGGGAGACUCUCUCAGCCUCGCCUGCGUCGCCACGGGAGGUCGCCCAGCGCCUCAGGUGACCUGGUGGAGAGGGUCGACGCUCUUGGCCAACCGUAGCACCGUCUUGGCCCACUCUGGCCCGCCCACGACCUCAAGCCACGACCUGGUGACCUCGCCCAGCGUGGGCGUGGGCGUGCGGCAGGUCAGGACGGAAGUCAGCAUUCCCGCCCUCACUAGAGAUUACCUCCACACCAACCUCAGCUGCCGCGCCUCAAAUAACAACAUUACAGAACCUCUCUCCACCACCCUCGCUCUUCUGCUGUAUC